UUCUGUUUGCGACUCUGAAAGAAUGUUGUGGGUGCUCUUUUUCCUGGUGACUACUAUUCACGCUGAACUCUGCCAUCCAGAUGCAGAAAAUGCCUUUAAAGUAAGACUUAGCAUCCGAGCAGCCCUCGGAGAUAAAGCAUAUGUCUGGGACACGGAUGAAGAAUAUCUCUUCAGAGCAAUGGUGGCAUUCUCCAUGAGAAAAGUUCCCAACAGAGAAGCAACAGAAAUUUCCCAUGUCCUGCUUUGCAAUGUAACCCAGAGGGUGUCAUUCUGGUUUGUGGUCACAGAUCCUUCCAAAAAUCAUACUCUUCCUGCAGCUGAAGUACAGUCAGCCAUAAGAAUGAAUAGAAACCGGAUCAACAGUGCAUUCUUUUUGGAUGAUCAUACUCUGGAAUUUUUAAAAAUUCCUUCCACUCUUGCGCCCCCGAUGGAUCCAUCUGUGCCUGUUUGGAUUAUUGUAUUCGGUGUGAUAUUUUGCAUCGUUACAGUUGCAAUUGCACUACUGGUUCUAUCUGGAAUCCGGCAACGCAGAAGGAACAACAAAGGACCACCUGGAGUGGAGGAUGCAGAAGACAAGUGUGAAAACAUCAUCACAAUUGAAAACGGCAUCCCUUGUGAUCCCUUGGACAUGAAGGGAGGGCACAUUAAUGAUGGCUUCUCGACAGAGGAUGAGCGCCUCACCCCUCUCUGA